UCUUUCUCUCUCUCUCUUUCUCUGGAAUAAAGCAAAGACGCGAACGGCAGCGCAGAGCUGUCUCCGCCUCCCUCCACUCCUCUCGCCGUCUCCAAGGAAGAGGUAAGUAAGAAGAAGGCAAAAGAAGAGCUUUUAAGGGCUUCGAUGGCUUCUCGAGUGGCGUUCCGGCCGGAGCCUAUCCUCUGCUUCUCUCCCGCGAGGAGCAAAAGGAAUGCCAGAUCUUCCAGGGUCUCCAUGGCCUCGACCAUUCGCUCCUCCUCCGCCACCAAGGUUGAGACUCCAAGAAAGCCCUUCACUCCUCCUCGUGAGGUACAUGUCCAAGUCACUCAUUCCAUGCCACCUCAGAAGAUCGAGAUUUUUAAAUCAUUAGAGGAUUGGGCAGAAAAUAAUAUACUGGUGCAUCUGAAGCCUGUUGAGAAGUGUUGGCAACCACAGGAUUUUCUUCCCGAUCCUUCAUCGGAGAGUUUUUAUGAGGAGGUUAAGGAAUUGAGUGAGCGGUCUAAGGAGAUCCCUGAUGAUUAUUUUGUUUGCUUGGUUGGAGACAUGAUCACUGAAGAAGCUCUUCCUACAUACCAAACAAUGCUAAACACUCUCGAUGGUGUCAGAGAUGAGACAGGAGCAAGUCUUACAUCUUGGGCUAUCUGGACUAGGGCUUGGACUGCGGAGGAGAACAGACAUGGAGAUCUUCUCAACAAGUAUCUGUACCUGUCUGGAAGAGUGGACAUGAGACAAAUUGAGAAGACAAUUCAGUAUCUUAUUGGUUCAGGAAUGGAUCCUAGGACGGAGAACAAUCCAUAUCUUGGUUUUAUUUAUACCUCGUUUCAGGAGCGGGCAACCUUCAUAUCCCAUGGGAACACUGCCCGGCUUGCCAAGGAGCAUGGUGAUCUCAAAUUGGCACAGAUAUGUGGAAUCAUUGCAUCUGAUGAGAAGCGCCAUGAGACUGCAUACACUAAGAUAGUCGAGAAAUUGUUUGAGAUAGACCCAGAUGGCACUGUUCUUGCAUUUGCCGACAUGAUGAAGAAGAAAAUCUCAAUGCCUGCUCAUCUGAUGUACGAUGGUCGUGACGAUAACCUCUUUGAGCAUUUUUCGGCAGUUGCCCAGCGGCUGGGCAUCUACACGGCCAAGGACUAUGCCGACAUACUGGAGUUCCUUGUCACAAGGUGGAAAGUAGGUGAGCUAACUGGCCUCUCUGGUGAAGGGAAUAAAGCCCAGGACUUUGUCUGCACUUUAGCUCCGAGGAUCCGGAGGCUUGAAGAAAGAGCACAAGGGAGGGCCAAGAAAGCACCAGCCAUACCUUUCAGUUGGAUCUAUGACAGGGAAGUGCAGCUAUGAGCAUCAAAUAGAAUGUUAAAUCGUCCUUUCGAUGCUGUCGAUUUGCUAUUUGUGAAAGUAACUUCAAGUCCAUGUUUUGUUUUUCUUCUGUUCAAGUAAUGGAUGAGUUGGGAGGGGAGCUGUAGAUUCUCUUCAAGCUAUCAAAGUAUCAUCUUAUGAGCAGGUGUUUGCUGCAUAAGUUGGUUUACAGAGAUGGACAGAUUCAUGUCUUUAUGCUUUCUCUUUUGUCCCCUUUUUGCCCAUGGACAAGUGCUGUUGUUUGUCUGAGUGGAAUAAUUGAUGCAUAUGAAACAUAGCCUUUGCUCUUUUCUGUCA